AUUUUACUCCCCCAAGAAAUUGCCCAACUAGUGCUAAACCUUCAACAUUUCAAUCUAAAAUCUUUCACAGUAAGUUCACAUUUCAAUCUCAAACACUUUCCUUCAAUACUUCAAUCCCUAUUUCUUCUGUAAUCGCGAGAGCUCUCUGCUCUCCGAUCGACCAUACUGUAAUGUACUUGUAGAUUUCUCGUGAUAAAAAAGAGUUAUGGCUGAGAUCGCCAAGCUCGUCGAUGUUCUCUCAUCAGGCGAUGAUCUCUCUAGAAGACUUCGCGCUGAUUCUUCACUCAAUCUAGGGUUCCGGAAACUAUGUUCAAUUCUCCGGCAAGCAGUAGAACCCACCGCCGAUGAUGCCAACAAGUUAGGGCUUCAACUUUGGGAUCAGUCGGAGAUUCAAGCAGUAGCUUCCCUCGCACUUGCGCUUGUCAACUCCACUCGAUCUUUAUCAGUUGAGCGAGUUGAACCUGUAAUUGUGGCGGCUAUUCAGCUUUCUGUAGAGUUUGCCGUGUGUUAUCUGGAAAAAUGGAUUUGCAACAGUGAUGAUUCAAUGCUUCAGAGUCCUAUCCUGCAGCUAUUGGAAAUAGCACUAGUUGAUGAAUCAUACAAAGAGCUUGAUCUGUCACAGCCAUGCUCCUCUACUGUUAGCAUGGAUAUGUUGCCAAAAGCUGUAACUGAAGCUAGUGUUAGUAAAUGGCAGGACGAUACAAGAUGCAUGCUUCAAGGGGGGAGAUGCUCAAAGGAAGAGAAAACAACUGAUAGCCUUCUAAUGACAUUGGCUUCUGAAUGGAUGCACCCUGACAAUGUGGAUACAGCCACUAUUGGGCAGUCUGUUCCUUAUGAUCGUAAUAAAUUGAUCGAUUUGUCUCAGCAUUGGGCACUUGUACAUUUGGAGUGUGUUCAUCGUCUUGUUACUGUUUGCAAAAGCCUUUUAAGGCUUUCAGUUCCAUUUGAUGAGAAGUUUCCCUUUCCUAGUUUGAGGAAGAGAUUUUCGUUUUGUGUGAAAGUAUUCAAGUUACUGGGUAGUCUUACUAAAAAUAGCUCAUAUGCUCACUUUGAUCCCAAGUUAUUCCAAUCGGUUGCUUCAUUCACUGAGGUAUUGCCCACUCUGUUCAGGCUGGGUUUUGAUUUUGUAAGUGGAAAUCCUGCAGUUGAGAGUGGCUUCGAAAGUCAAUUAAUGCUGUUGCUUGAAGAGUUUAUUCAGCUUGUACAGGCAAUUUUCUGCAACACCUAUGUGUUUCAAAACAUUCAAGCAUGCAUUGCAGCUGCAAUGUUGGAUCAUUUGGAUCCUAACCUGUGGAAGUACAGCAAGAGUGCUGCUGCUAACCUGAAGCCUCCUUUGGCCUACUGCCCCCGUGUGGUUUCUUAUGUUCUCAAGCUAAUUUUAGAUGUGAGGAAUAGAACAUAUCAGCUAUUUGAGUACAAGGGCCUUGAUGGUGAAGGUGCAAGUGCCAGCCAACUGGUGGAGCCUCCUUCAUGUCAGGUUCACUCAGCUAAGGUCAACCUGCUGAAGAAGUACUCAGCGGAGGAACUCUUGAGAAUAAUAUUCUCACCAUCAGUUCAAUGGGUGGAUAAUCUAAUGCAUCUGGUAUUGUUCCUUCACUCUGAGGGUGUCAAAUUGAAGCCUAAAUUGGAGAGGUCAUGUUCCAGUGUCACCAAAACAUCUGUUACGUCUGAGUCUGAAAACACCAUUUGCCAUGAAGAUGAAGCCCUCUUUGGCGACCUUUUUUCUGAGGGUGGUCGUUCAGCAGGAUCUGUGGAUGGAUAUGAUCAACCUGCUGUUGCACCUAGUUCUAAUAUAAGCAACAUGCCCCUUCAGGCUGCUACUGAAUUGCUCAGCUUUUUGAAUGAUUGUAUUUUUUCACAUGAAUGGUGUGGUCCUGUAUACGAAGAUGGGUGCAGAAAAUUUACAAGCUACCACAUUGAUAUUUUGCUUUCUAUACUCAACUCCGAAGGAUGUGAUGUCGAAGAAAGAGGUCACGAUGAUGGGAUAGCUCUAAAUGACCAAAUAAAAGUUAGUCAUAGGCAUCUCGGUGAUAUUUGCCUUGAUCUGUUCCAUAAUCUCCUGUCGCGUCAUGCUUUGUCUGAUUUAGUUGGAGAAUCACUUGUUGAGAAAAUCCUGGUUAUUGAAAAUGGUGCUUUUGCUUACAAUGAUCUAACUCUUGGUUUACUUGCACAUGCUGUUGUGUGUCUGGUAGAUCAUGCUGGCAGUAACUUGAGGACCAAAAUUUACAAUAUAUUUGCUGAUUUUGUGCGUGAAAAGGCAAAAACUAUAUGUUCAAAGUGUCCUAACCUGAAGGAGUUUCUGGAGAUUCUUCCCUCGUUGUUUCAUAUUGAGAUACUGCUAAUGUGUUUUCACUUGUCUUCAGAAGAUGAGAAGGCUGUUCAGGCUAAUGUAGUAUUCUCUACUCUUGAAGCCGUUGCUGUUCCCUCCGAUGGUUUUGACAGUACACAGUUGUCAUGUUGGGCGCUAUUAAUUUCACGGUUGAUAGUAAUGCUUCGUCACAUGGUAUUUUAUCCCCUUGUUUGUCCGUCAUCCCUGCUUUUGGAGUUCAGGACCAAGCUGAGGGAAACUGCUUCUUCAAGAUUGAGGCCCCGUGUCAGUGGAAGCCAUGCUUCAUCUUGGGUCUCAAUUUUGUUUGAAGGUGUGGUAGGUGGUUUUAUUAAAGAAACACCUUUUUACAGUGCCUUGCUAAGUCAUCUGAUUGAUAUCACACCCCUUCCACCAUCUGCAUGUAGAGAUGAUCCAACAAUAGCAAGCCUAGGCUUGUCCUGGGAUGAGAUCCGUGCCUCUUUUUUCAGGAUACUGAGGUUCUGGGAUGGUAAAAAACCUGAAAAAGUGGAGGACCUGAUACUUGAAAGAUAUAUUUUUGUUCUUUGUUGGGAUCUACCCGUUUUGAAAUCCACAUCGGAACAUCUGCAUCUUUGGCUAACUAGUGCUGAAGUUCCUGAACUCUCAAAUGCUGAGCAUUUUGUUUACUUUAGCCAAUCACUUGUGGGUGAAAUGGGUAAAAUAAACUACAGACCCUUUUCUGUUGUGUUGCUGGAUUUGAUUCAUCGGUUGCAUGAUUUACACGUAUCAGAGGAUGUGAGAGAACUUGGAUGGGAUUUUCUAAGGGCUGGAUCUUGGUUAUCUCUGUCACUGUCAUUGCUUACUGCUGGUACCACUGGACACUGCUUGAAUAAGUCACUAGCUUCUGCUGUUCCUAUGUCACCAGAGCAGACAUCAAGAGAUGGUAGAUUUUGUGCCUUCAGUGAAGGAGUUAUUUCUACUUUAGUUGGUGCCAAUCAAGUUGAACAGCUGAUUAGAGUAUUGUCAUCUUUGCUGAAGAAAUACCUAGAAGUUUACCAGAGAGCUUUAAUUGUGACAAUUGACAAUGAUCAGCUUUUGGCCAAUCGACUUUCACCUGCAAUGUUAUUUGUGCACACUGGUUUUGACAAAUGCAAACAGGAUGAACUCCUUCAGAAGAUGGGUUCUGAUCCAUGCCAAUAUAAGCCUCUCUAUGGAACUUUGUCAAGUCUGGAUACGACUCUUGACAAAUUAUCUUUAGGAGGUCACUCUAAAGUUUUAUGGGAAUCUUCGUUGCAUGGAUUCCCCUGUCUUCUUCAAUCUCCAAGUGGGAUUCUGCUUUCAUCUAUCCUUAAUGUUGCCGGAGUUGUGAAUUGUAUAGAUGGGCUAAUGAAGGUCAUUGAUGCUGGAGGAAUUGCUUGCUUGGAGUCACAGGUCAUCUCCCAGAUUCUUGAAUUGGUCUGUAGGAUCAAGUGUGACAGAAUAUUUGAAGACCUUCAUGGAAAAUGUAGUGCUAUUUACCAACAGUUGACUGAAGGCUCUGGUGGUGUUGACUACAGUAGCUUAUUCAUAUUAAAACACAUGGAGGAGUUUUUAAGGUGUGUCAAUGAGAGAGAUGGUGCUGAUACUAGCGACAUUUAUGAGGUUCUUGUUGUCAAGGUAAUUGAUAUUGUUGAUAGCUUAAAAAGAGAGCCUUCCAGAAUUGGAGUUUUGAAAUAUUUCCUCUCUCUCGAGGACGUCUCUAAACAGAUUAAGGAUCUUUAUGGUACACAACGUGGUGAUUUGUUGGUUCUGGUUGAUGCUCUAGACAGAUGCAGCUCUGAGCAGGUCAAUACCAGGGUUCUCAACUUUUUUGUUGAUCUUUUAUCUGGAGAUUUGUUUGCACAUGUCAAAGAGAAGUUGCAGAAGAAGUUUCUUCAUAUGGACAUGGUUUACCUGUCAAAGUGGCUUGAAACCAGGCUUUUAGGAUCUGAAUCUAGUGGAGUUGCAGGUGCAAAAGGAGCUUCAGUUUCUCUAAGAGAAUCAACAAUGAAUUUCAUCACAUGCCUGCUGUCUCCUCCUUCUGAAAUCCUGUCUCAGGAACUACAUAAGCAUUUGGUGAAAUCGAUGCUGAUUUCACUUGAUAAGGCUUUUCUGCUAUUUGACUUUACCGUAGCCAAAUGUUAUUUUAAUUUUCUCGUUCAGCUUUCUGGAGGUGAAAAUUUAAUCAAGCAACUCAUGCAGCAGACGAUGUUGCUGACUGAGAAGCUGGCUGGUGAUGAGAAUAUGCUACAAGGGCUGAAAUAUCUCUUUGGUUUCCUGACAAGUGUCUUGAGCGAUUGCUGCUCUGCUAAGAGUGCCACUGAACGUUCUUUUGUGAAGUCUAUCUCUAACAGUAGUUCUGUGGUGGGGUCUGAACCUACUAGAUCUGUAGGCUCCAGGAAAAAUGCUGAUGCUUUAGUCCUUUCUGCCAGCCAAGGUGGGCCUGCAUCAAUUGAAUGUGAUGCAACUUCUGUUGAUGAAGAUGAGGAUGAUGGAACAUCUGAUGGUGAGAAUGGUAGCCUGGACAAGGAUGAUGAGGAUGAUAAUAACAGUGAAAGGGCCCUUGCUUCUAAAGUUUGUACAUUUACAUCUAGCGGUAGCAAUUUUAUGGAACAACAUUGGUACUUCUGCUACACAUGUGAUCUGACUGUGUCGAAAGGCUGUUGCUCUGUUUGUGCAAAAGUUUGUCACCGAGGUCAUCGUGUGGUUUAUUCGAGGUCCAGUCGCUUCUUCUGUGACUGUGGUGCAGGAGGUGUUCGUGGUAGCAGUUGUCAAUGUCUGAAACCUCGAAAAUUUGCUGGAAGCAACAAUACAGCCAGUCGUGGUGCUAGUAACUUCCAGUCUUUUCUGCCUUUCACAGAAAAUGGAGAUCAACUUCCUGACAGUGAUUCUGAUAUUGAUGAGGAUGUUUUGGUGGAAGCAGACAACUCUAUCAAGAUGUCUAUUCCAAAGGACCUUCAAGAUGGCAUGCCAAUCUUAUUAAAUGAACUUGAUCUUGAAAGUUGUGUUGUGAGACUUUGCUCUUCAUUUUUGCCUUCUAUUACAGGCCGGAGAGACUCUAGCCUUUCCAGAGAGAGGAAAAUGUCCCUGGGUGAUGAGAAAGUAUUGUAUAACAGUGUUGAUCUCUUGCAAUUGAAGAAAGCAUAUAAAAGUGGAUCGUUAGAUUUGAAGAUAAAGGCUGAUUAUUCAAAUGCCAAAGAACUUAAAUCCCACUUGGCUAGCGGUUCUCUUGUUAAAUCUUUACUCAGUGUUAGCACACGAGGUCGGCUUGCUGUUGGAGAAGGUGACAAGGUGGCCAUAUUUGAUGUUGGACAGCUUAUUGGUCAAGCUACUGUUGCUCCUGUGACUGCAGACAAGACCAAUGUGAAGCCUCUUUCUAAGAAUGUUGUCCGUUUUGAAAUUGUAAAUCUCAUUUUCAAUCCUCUUGUAGAAAAUUACCUUGCAGUGGCUGGCUAUGAAGAUUGCCAGGUUCUAACGGUAAAUCAUCGAGGUGAGGUGAGUGAUCGUUUAGCCAUUGAACUCGCUCUACAAGGUGCUUAUAUCAAACAUGUAGACUGGGUCCCUGGAUCUCAAGUUCAGUUAAUGGUGGUCACCAACAAAUUUGUCAAAAUAUAUGAUUUAUCCCUUGACAACAUUAGUCCUGUGCACUAUUUCACUUUGCCUGAUGACAUGAUUAUGGAUGCUGCACUUAUUAUGGCUUCACAGGGUAGGAUGUUUCUGAUUGUCCUUUCAGAACAUGGUAGCUUGUACAGGUUGGAGUUGUCAACAAAAGGGAAUGUUGGGGCCAAGCCUUUGAAGGAAAUCCUGCAAAUCGAGGGUAAAGAGAGACAUGCAAAAGGUUCUUCCUUAUAUUUUUCGCUAAUGCAUCGGUUACUCUUUUUGUCCUUUCAAGAUGGGACCACCUUGGUUGGCCGAGUAAAUCCAGAUGCGACUUCCCUAGUAGAAGUCUCUGCCAUAUUGGAGAAUGAAACAGAUGGUAAACUUCGGCCAGCAGGAUUGCACCGGUGGAGAGAUUUAUUUGGUGGCAGUGCCUUGCUUGGUUGCUUCUCAAGUUUGAACUCAAAUGCCGCAUGUGCUGUCUCAUUUGGUGAACAUGAAGUAUUCGUACAGAACUUGCGACAUUCAGUGGGUUCAGCAUCUCCUGUUGUAGGGGUUGCUGCUUAUAAGCCUUUGUCAAAAGACAAAAUCCACUGUCUUGUGUUACAUGAAGACGGAAGCCUUCAGAUAUACUCACAUGUUCCAGCUGGUGUCGACUCUGGUGUCAGUGCUAUCAGUGAUAAGGUCAAGAAGCUUGGCCCUGGGAUCCUCAACAAUAAGGCUUAUGGGGGUGCAAAACCAGAAUUUCCACUUGAUUUUUUUGAGAGAGCUGCAUGUAUAACGCAAGAUGUGAAGCUGAGUAGUGAUGCUAUAAGGAAUGGUGAUUCUGAAGUAGCUAAACAAACCCUGGCUUCUGAAGAUGGAUUUUUAGAGAGUCCUAGCCCUGGAGGAUUCAAGAUAACUGUUUCCAAUUCGAAUCCUGACCUUGUCAUGGUCGGUGUGCGAUUGCAUGUUGGUAACACAUCAGCCAAUCACAUACCUUCUGAGAUAACUGUAUUUCAGAGAGGGAUAAAAUUAGAUGAGGGAAUGCGUUCUUGGUAUGAUGUUCCGUUUACAGUCGCUGAGUCACUCCUUGCUGAUGAAGAAUUUACCAUAUCUGUUGGGCCAACAUUUAGUGGAUCUGCUUUACCCCGCAUAGAUUCCUUAGAAAUAUAUGGCCGAGCUAAGGAUGAAUUUGGGUGGAAAGAGAAGAUGGAUGCUGUUCUUGACAUGGAGGCUCGUGUACUUGGUUGUAAUUCGUGGCCUGCUGGUUCUAGGAGGAAGUGUCGUGCAACACAGUCUGCAUCACUGGAGGAACAGGUUGUGGCUGCUGGACUGAAGCUCUUAUCAAGAAUGUACUCUUUGUGCAAACCAGAAGGUUGCUCAAAAGUUGAGGAAGUUAAGGGGGAGCUGAGCAAAUUGAAGUGUAAACCAUUGUUAGAAACAGUAUUUGAAAGUGACAGAGAGCCUUUGUUGCAGGCAGCUGCCAAUCGUGUCCUGCAGGCUGUCUUCCCAAAGAGGGAGAUAUAUUACCAAGUUAAGGAUGCCAUCCGACUUGCUGGAGUUGUGAAAUCUACCGCCAUACUCUCAUUAAAACUUGGCAUGGAUGGGACCACUGCUGGGUGGAUUGUGGAGGAAUUUACUGCACAGAUGCGUGUGGUUUCCAAGAUUGCACUGCAUCGUCGCUCAAACUUUGCAUCUUUUCUUGAGAUGAAUGGUUCUGAAGUUGUUGAUGGACUUAUGCAAGUCCUUUGGGGAAUUCUAGACAUAGAACAACCUAACACACAGACCAUGAACAAUAUUGUUGUGUCGUCUGUUGAACUUAUUUACUGCUAUGCUGAGUGUUUAGCAUUGCAUGGCAAAGAUGGUGGAAGGUCUUCUGUUGCACCUGCUGUUUCAUUGUUUAAAAAACUGCUGUUCUCUGCCAAUGAGGCUGUUCAAACAUCCAGCAGCUUGGCUAUAUCGUCAAGAUUCCUUCAAGUUCCGUUCCCCAAGCAAACAAUGAUAGGUACUGAUGACACGGAGAACUCAUCCUCUGUUCCUUCGCGAGUGGAUGCUUCCGCUGGAGCUAGUGGAAGUACUCAAGUCAUGGUUGAAGAAGACUCCAUUACAUCAUCUGUUCAAUAUUGUUGCGAUGGUUGCUCUACUGUUCCUAUCCUAAGGCGAAGAUGGCACUGCACUGUGUGCCCAGAUUUUGAUUUGUGUGAGGCAUGUUAUGAAGUGCUAGAUGCAGACCGUCUCCCACUACCACAUUCUAGAGAUCACUCUAUGACAGCUAUUCCAAUUGAAGUGGAAACAUUUGGUGGGGAGGGAAGUGAAAUUCAUUUCACUACUGAUGAUUUAAGUGAUUCAGGUUUGUUGACAGUUGCAUCUGAUGUUGGCGUGCAGAGUUCUGCUCCAUCAAUCCACGAGUUGGAACCAAAUGAAUCGGAAGAGUUUUCAGCUUCUAUAGUUGAUCCUGUUACUAUUUCUGCUUCCAAAAGAGUUGUUAACUCUCUCCUCCUUUCUGAACUACUUGAGCAAUUGAAAGGAUGGAUGGAAACUACUUCAGGAACUGGGGCCAUUCCAGUUAUGCAGCUCUUCUACAGAUUGUCUUCAGCUGUUGGUGGACCCUUUGCUGACAGUUCAGAACCUGAAAGCAUAGGAUUGGAGAAUCUGAUAAAAUGGUUUUUGGAUGAGAUAAAUCUAAAUAAACCUUUCAUAGCCAGAAGCCGCACUCCUUUUGGGGAAGUUUCAAUCCUGGUAUAUAUGUUCUUUACCUUAAUGCUGAGAAACUGGCACCAACCGGGAACCGAUGGUUCUGCAACUAAAUCUAGUGGUGUGACUGAAGUGCAUGACAAAACUGCCUUACAUAUCUCAACUCCCACUUGUGUUGCUGCUUCAUCUACCUUAGAUGGUCAAGAGAAAAUAGACUUCAUCUCUCAUUUACUUCGUGCUUGUGGCAAUCUUAGGCAGCAAGCAUUUGUCAACUAUCUGAUGAACAUUCUGCAGGAGCUAACUCAAGUUUUUAAAUCUCCAUCUGUUAGCACAGAUCCAUCUUCUGGGUUGAACACCACUUCUGGUUGUGGUGCUUUGUUGACAAUCCGCAGGGAAGUGCCUGCAGGUAACUUCUCUCCAUUCUUUUCAGACUCGUAUGCAAAAUCACACCGAGCAGACAUAUUUGUGGACUACCAUCGUCUGUUGUUGGAGAACACUUUCCGUCUGCUCUACAGCUUGAUACGACCAGAGAAACACGACAAGGCUGGAGAGAAAGAGAAGCUCUACAAAAUGCCUUCUGGUAAAGAUUUGAAGCUAGAUGGAUAUCAGGAUGUUCUUUGCAGCUAUAUCAACAAUCCUAACACCAGUUAUGUUAGAAGGUACGCUAGGAGGCUUUUUCUGCAUCUCUGUGGUAGUAAGACACACUACUACAGUGUUCGAGACUCUUGGCAGUUCUCAACUGAAGUUAAAAAGCUCUAUAAACACAUUAAUAAAUCUGGUGGAUUUCAAAGUUCAAUCUCGUACGAGAGAAGUGUGAAGAUAGUAAGGUGCCUAACAACCAUGGCUGAAGUGGCUGCAGCUCGUCCUCGAAAUUGGCAAAAGUAUUGUUUAAGGCAUGAUGAUGUUCUUCCUUUCCUUUUGAAUGGAAUAUUUUAUUUCGGGGAGGAGUGUGUAAUUCAGACGUUGAAGCUUCUGAAUCUGGCCUUCUAUACUGGUAAGGAUAGCAACCACUCAUCACAGAAGCCUGAGGUAGCGGAAGCUGGAACAGCCGCAAUUAAAGUGGGGUCACAAGCCCCUGAAUCUAAAAAGAAGAAGAAAGGAGAAGAGAGUGAUUCUGGUGUUGAAAAAACUCAGUUGGAUAUGGAAGCAGUCGUUGAUGUUUUCAGUGGAAAAGGUGAUGUCUUGAGGCAAUUUAUUGACUGCUUUCUAUUGGAAUGGAAUUCAAGCUCCGUGCGCUCAGAAUCCAAAUCAGUUCUCCUCGGUGUCUGGUACCAUGGGAAUCUGGCAUUCAAGGAAAUAUUGUUGACUGCUCUUUUGCAGAAGGUAAAUUUUUUGCCAAUGUAUGGGCAGAACAUCGUUGAAUUGACAGAACUUGUUACAUUAUUGUUGGGGAAGGUCCCCGAUCAUGGUGUGAAGCAACAGAGUGCUGAAGUUGUUGACAAAUGCUUGACCACUGAUGUGAUUAGUUGCAUAUUUGACACUCUCCAUUCACAGAAUGAGCUUUUGGCUAACCAUCCAAACUCUCGAAUAUACAACACUUUGAGUGGUUUGGUGGAAUUUGAUGGUUACUACCUUGAGAGUGAGCCUUGUGUAGCCUGCAGCUCCCCUGAGGUUCCCUCUAGUAGGAUGAAGCUUGAAAGUUUGAAGUCAGAAACAAAGUUUACAGACAACCGCAUCAUUGUGAAAUGUACUGGUAGCUACACCAUUCAGAGUGUGGCCAUGAAUGUUCAUGAUGCUCGGAAAUCCAAGUCAGUGAAAGUUCUGAACCUUUAUUACAAUAACAGGCCAGUGGCUGACUUGUCAGAGUUGAAAAACAAUUGGUCCCUUUGGAAGCGUGCAAAAAGCUGCCAUCUUGCUUUUAAUCAGACUGAGCUGAAAGUUGAUUUUGCCAUCCCAAUUACAGCAUGUAAUUUCAUGAUUGAAUUGGAUUCUUUUUAUGAAAAUCUUCAAGCUUUGUCCCUCGAGCCAUUGCAAUGUCCCCGUUGCAGUCGGGCUGUGACUGAUAAGCACGGCAUUUGCAAUAAUUGUCAUGAGAAUGCCUAUCAAUGCAGACAGUGCCGGAACAUCAAUUAUGAAAAUCUUGAUUCCUUCUUAUGCAAUGAGUGUGGAUACAGCAAAUAUGGUCGGUUUGAAUUUAAUUUUAUGGCAAAGCCAAGUUUCACUUUUGAUAGCAUGGAAAAUGAUGAAGACAUGAAGAGGGGAUUGGCUGCAAUAGAGGCAGAGUCGGAAAAUGCUCAUCGUAGAUAUCAGCAGCUUUUAGGAUUCAAAAAACCUUUGCUGAAGAUUGUGUCUAGUGUUGGUGAAAAUGAGAUGGACUCUCAGCAGAAAGAUUCAGUUCAGCAAAUGAUGGUCUCUUUGCCUGGACCUUCAUGCAAGAUAAACCGUAAAAUUGCUCUUCUGGGUGUCCUUUAUGGUGAGAAAUGCAAAGCAGCAUUUGAUUCUGUCAGUAAGAGUGUUCAAACUCUCCAAGGUUUGAGGCGGGUUUUGAUGAAUUAUCUGCAUCAGAAACAAUCAGAUAAUGCUAGUCCAGCCACUAGAUUUGUUGUUUCAAGGGUACCGAAUAGCUGCUAUGGCUGUGCUUCAACUUUUGUCACCCAAUGUUUGGAGAUUUUACAGGUGCUAUCAAAACAUCCAGCAUCCAAGAAGCAACUUGUUGCUGCUGGUGUUCUGUCUGAGCUGUUCGAAAAUAACAUCCAUCAGGGCCCUAAAACAGCUCGUGUCCAAGCUAGAGGAGCUCUUUGUGCCUUCUCUGAGGGUGACACUAAUGCAGUAGCUGAGUUGAACAGUCUAAUACAGAAGAAGGUAAUGUAUUGCCUUGAACAUCAUCGCUCCAUGGACAUCGCGUUGGCUACACGUGAGGAGUUGUCGCUGCUUUCUGAUGUGUGUUCAUUGUCGGAUGAAUUCUGGGAAUCAAGAUUAAGAGUUGUUUUCCAGUUGUUAUUUGCAUCUAUCAAGGUGGGAGCUAAACAUCCUGCAAUAUCUGAGCAUGUGAUUCUUCCUUGCCUGAGGAUCAUAUCUCAGGCUUGUACUCCUCCAAAGCCUAACGUUGUUGACAAAGAACAAGGAGCAGGAAAAUCUUCUCAUGUCACGCAAGUGAAAGAUGACAGUUCAAAUGUUUCUGGAUCUAAUAGCCUUGUUAGUGGGAGUAAGUCAAUGUCAGGAUCGUCAGAGAAAAGUUGGAAUGGCUCUCAGAAGGCUCAAGAUAUACAACUAUUGAGCUAUUCAGAGUGGGAAAAAGGAGCCUCCUAUCUAGAUUUUGUGAGACGACAGUAUAAGGUUUCUCCGGCUGGGAAAAGUGGUCAAAGAUCUCGUCUUCAGAGGCAUGACUAUCUUGCGCUGAAAUAUCUUCUCAGGUGGAAGCGACGUGCUUCAAAAACAGAUAGAAAUGAGAUAUCAUCAUUUGAGCUGGGUUCAUGGGUUACAGAACUCAUACUGAGUGCUUGUUCACAGUCUAUUAGGUCUGAGAUGUGUAUGUUGGUUAGCUUACUCUGUGGCCAGAGUUCAUCACGACGGUUUCGCUUGCUAAACUUGCUCAUGUCUUUGUUAUCGGCAACCCUUUCUGCCGGAGAAAAUGCUGCUGAGUACUUCGAACUGCUGUUUAAAAUGAUAGACUCGGAGGAUGCUCGUCUUUUCUUGACUGUGCGUGGUUGUUUGACAACAAUAUGUAAGUUGAUCACUCAGGAACUGGUUAAUGUUGAAAAAUUGGAGAGGAGCCUGCAUGUUGACAUAUCUCAGGGCUUUAUUCUUCAUAAACUUAUCGAGCUCCUUGGCAAGUUUUUGGAGGUUCCAAAUAUCAGAUCCAGAUUCAUGAGGGAGCAUUUGCUUUCAGAGGUUCUUGAGGCUUUAAUUGUGAUUAGGGGGUUGGUCGUGCAGAAGACAAAACUUAUAAAUGACUGUAAUAGACUUCUCAAAGAUCUUCUUGAUAGUCUUCUGCUAGAGAGUAAUGAAAAUAAACGUCAGUUCAUCCAAGCAUGCAUCUCUGGUCUUCAAAUUCAUGGAGAUGAGAAUAGAGGCCGAACUUCUUUGUUCAUCUUGGAGCAACUCUGCAAUCUGAUUAGCCCAUCCAAACCAGAGCCGGUGUAUCUUCUGAUAUUGAACAAGGCUCAUACACAGGAAGAAUUUAUCAGGGGAUCGAUGACGAAGAAUCCAUAUUCAAGUGCUGAAAUUGGUCCCUUGAUGCGUGAUGUCAAAAAUAAAAUCUGCCAGCAACUUGAUCUCUUGGGUCUUCUUGAAGAUGAUUAUGGCAUGGAAUUGUUGGUCGCUGGGAAUAUUAUCUCUCUUGAUUUGAGUAUUGCUCAAGUCUUUGAGCUAGUAUGGAAGAAAUCCAAUAGUCAGUCUGCAAGUGUAGUUGCCUCAACAACUUCACUUUCUUCCAGUGCUGCUGCAUCUGUUCGAGAUUGUCCUCCAAUGACAGUGACGUAUCGACUGCAGGGCUUAGAUGGUGAAGCUACUGAGCCCAUGAUUAAAGAAAUUGAUGAGGAUAGAGAGGAGACCCAAGAUCCAGAAGUGGAGUUUGCGAUAGCUGGUGCAGUGCGGGAUUGUGGUGGACUGGAAAUUCUUUUAGGCAUGGUUCAGCGUUUGCAAGAUGAUUUCAAGUCCAAUCGAGAGCAGCUAGUUGCGGUGCUUAAUUUGCUCAUGCUUUGUUGCAAGAUAAGAGAAAACAGAAAAGCAUUGCUAAAGCUGGGAGCUUUAGGCUUACUUCUUGAGACUGCUAGGCGUGCUUUCUUUGUGGAUGCCAUGGAACCAGCUGAGGGUAUUCUUUUGAUUGUGGAGAGCUUAACACUAGAAGCAAAUGAGAGUGAUAACAUCAGCAUUACUUCUGAUGUAGAUGUAAUCUCCAGUGAUGAAGCAGGUGCUGGUGAACAGGCAAAGAAAAUUGUACUACUUUUCCUUGAAAGAUUGUCUCAUCCAUCUGGACUUAGAAAGUCAAAUAAGCAGCAGAGGAACACUGAGAUGGUUGCAAGAAUAUUACCUUACUUGACUUACGGGGAACCUGCAGCAAUGGAAGCUCUUGUACAGCAUUUUGAACCUUGUUUACAGAAUUGGCGCGAAUUUGAUAGGUUGCAAAAACUUUAUGAAGACAAUAUGAAAGAUGAAACAAUUGCAAAGCAAGCCUCAACGCAGAAAUACACCCUAGAGAAUUUUGUUAGGGUUUCAGAAUCCCUCAAGACAAGUUCCUGUGGUGAGAGGUUGAAAGAUAUUAUACUGGAAAAAGGGAUUACUGGGGCUGCAGUCAGCCAUCUAAAAGAGAGCUUUGCUUUCACUGGACAGGUUGGUUUCAAAUCAACUGUGGAGUGGGCCUCAGGUUUAAAGCUUCCAUCUGUUCCUCUUAUUUUAUCCAUGCUGAGGGGUUUGUCAAUGGGCCAUUUGGCGACUCAAAAGUGCAUAGAUGAAGGAGGAAUCUUGCCAUUGCUUCAUGCUUUAGAAGGCGUCGCUGGUCAAAAUGAGAUUGGAGCCAGGGCUGAAAACUUGUUGGACACGCUGUCUGAUAAGGAGGGAAAAGGUGAUGGGUACUUGGCUCAGAAAGUUCACCAACUACGUCAUGCGACAAAGGAUGAGAUGAGGCGACGAGCAUUGAGGAAGAGAGCAGAAUUGCUGCAGGGACUCGGUAUGCACCAAGAACUGUCCUCAGAUGGUGGUGAACGUAUUGUUGUUGCUCGGCCUGUCUUGGAAGGUUUGGAAGAUGUUGAGGAUGAGGAAGAGGAAGGCUUGGCUUGCAUGGUUUGUCGUGAAGGCUACCGCUUGCGCCCUACAGACUUGCUUGGUGUUUACACUUACAGUAAACGGGUUAAUCUUGGUGUUGGAAGCCCUGGAAAUUCUCGUGGGGACUGUGUUUACACAACGGUCAGCCAUUUCAACAUCAUACAUUUUCAGUGCCAUCAGGAGGCUAAACGAGCAGAUGCAGCCUUAAGGGCUCCUAAAAAAGAAUGGGAUGGAGCAGCACUAAGAAACAACGAGACACUAUGCAAUAAUCUUUUCCCACUGAGAGGUCCAUCGGUACCAAUAGGCCAAUAUAUACGCUAUGUUGACCAAUACUGGGAUUACCUGAAUGCUCUUGGGCGUGCUGAUGGAAGUCGGCUCCGGUUGUUAACUUACGACAUUGUUUUGAUGCUUGCUCGAUUUGCCACUGGUGCUUUAUUUAGUGCAGAUUGCAGGGGUGGUGGAAAAGACAGUAAUGCUCGAUUUUUGCCUUUCAUGAUUCAGAUGGCUCGUCACCUUCUUGAUCAUGAUUCUUCUCAGCGGCAUAUCAUGAUUAAGUCCAUCUCUACCUAUUUAAGUUCUCCCGCAUCAGAAUCCAGAGCCUCGACUACCGCUGGAACUCAGACUUCUGCUGGUACAGAGGAGACUGUCCAGUUCAUGAUGGUUAGCUCACUUCUUUCAGAAUCCUAUGAGUCAUGGCUACAGAAUCGCUCUUCCUUUUUACAACGAGGUAUAUACCAUGCAUAUAUCCAGCGAACUCAUGGUAGGCCUGUGCCUCGCUCUUCCCCCAAUAUGCCUGGAGCUUUGGAAACGGAGUCAGGAAGCACAAGUACAUCUGCUUCUGAGGCUGGGAGAUCAAUUGAGUUAUUUUCAACUAUUCAACCAAUGCUUGUCUACACUGGUUUGAUAGAACAGCUGCAGGGCUUCUUCAAGGUAAAAAAACCAUCUAGUGCGAGAAGCCAAGGGGCUUCCAAGAAUGUGGAAGAUGAUGACGAGGGCAGAAAGUUAGAAGGCUGGGAGGUAGUCAUGAAAGAGAGACUAUUAAAUGUGAGGGAAAUGGCGGAUUUCUCGUCUGAACUGUUAUCGUGGCUUGAUGACAUGACAUCUGCAACGGAUUUCCAGGAGGCAUUUGAUGUUCUUGGUGUUUUGAGCGAUGUGCUUUCUGGGUUUAGCCGAUGUGAGGAUUAUAUACAUGCUGCAAUCAGUGGUGGGAAAAACUGAUCUCUAUCGGAGGUGUUUUUGUGAUGUGCUUUCUGGGUUCAGUCAAUUUGAGGAUUAUUUACAUGGUUUUCUCAGUAGUGGGACAAAUUGAGGAUUUGUAGAAGGCUCACUUUGGUUCAAUAUUGUAUUCCCUAGUCUUCUUACUUCGGUGUAUGUGAAAUAUUCUUUUGUAGGUGCGUCUCUUAUUACCUUGUUACACGAGUUGCUCGUAUAAUGUAAUUGGAAUGAUUUUGUGAGUGAACCCUAGAAGAGCCUUCGAAAUUUGUUUCCCAAAGCGAUCUUCAAUUAAUACCUUGUUUUUGCUUA